GCCUUGUAUUUCACCUUGCGGAGUUUGUUUGGGGAGAAGAACAGAGGGGAAAAAAACCUCCUUUCUGCUGGGCAAGACUUGGAGGUGAAACGUUGGUGGCUACUUCUCCAGCUGGGCACUUCUCCCCACCCUACCCCUCGCUUUGUAUGUGUGUGAUUUGUUUUUGGUAUUGAAGCAGUUUGAUUCUUCGCCUAAUAAACUUUUUCGUUCAAAUCCACGAUGGAGCCUGGCAAUAUGGACUAUUUCUGUGAUCAGGUACAGCAGAAAGAUGUGAGCCGCAGGAUGCAAAUCGGCCAAGAAUUGCUGGAGUAUCUGGCCGACCCCAGUAGAUCCACUGACCUCGAGCAGGAUCAGCAGCGCCUUGAUAAAGUGAUUGACGAAUUAAUAGGAUGGGUUAACUCUAGUAAUUUUAAGGUGGCGUUAGUUGGAUUAGAUGUCCUAGGUGCCUUUGUUGACAGACUAUCAGGACACUUCAAAUCCUAUGUACCAACUGCUGUUGGUCUAAUAAAAGAUCUUGCCUCACCCACUAUGGCUAGUAGCAGCAGCAGCAGUAGCUUUGGCACAGUCUCUGCAGAAAUAGGAAGAUAUGACUGCAGAGAUUUUAACUUCAGUUUGUGUUUGAAAAGUUUUCUUAGCAUGUAUAAAAAGGCUAGGGAACUCUUUUUAAAGAGAGACAACAUCAUUAGCACAUGUGCUCCAACACUUUCAUCCACCUCUGAAUUAAAGGAUUUGUUUUAUCAGCAACUCAACAGUAUCAUCAGCAAGCUACCACAGUGUAUUUGGGACCGUCUUGCUGUUGGUUUUAAACACAAGAACUACCGAUCCCGAGAAGGAGUGUGUUUGUGUCUCGUUGCAACCUUAAAUAUUUAUGGUGCACAACCAUUAAUCCUCAGCAAGUUGGUACCACACUUAUGUAUCUUGUCUGGAGACUCCAAUAGUCAGGUGAGAGAUGCUGCAUUAUUGGCAAUUGUGGAGAUUUAUAGACAUGUAGGAGAGAAAGUAAGAGCUGACCUUAAUAAGAGGGGAAUUCCCUCUGCAAGGUUACAAGCAAUAUUUGCAAAAUUUGAUGAAGUGAGAGACUCUGGAAAUAUGAUUUUAAGUAACAUCAGUGAUAAAAGCUUUGAUGAUGAGGAGUCAGUGGAUGGAAAUAGGCCAUCGUCAGCUGCCUCAGCUUUCAAGGUUCCUGCACCUAAAAAACUCGGGAAUCCUUCAAACAGUGCAAGAAAACCAGGUUCAGCUGGUGGGCCUAAGGUUGGAGGUGCAUCUAAAGAAGGAGGAGCUGGAGCUGUCGAUGAGGAUGAUUUUAUUAAGGCAUUUACAGAUGUUCCUUCUGUACAGAUCUAUUCCAGUCGAGAGCUUGAAGAAACAUUAAACAAAAUCAGGGAAAUUCUCUCAGAUGAUAAACAUGACUGGGAUCAGCGAGCCAGUGCGCUCAAGAAGGUUCGAUCGCUGCUUGUUGCUGGAGCUGCACAGUAUGAUUGCUUUUUCCAGCAUCUACGGUUGUUGGAUGGAGCUUUUAAAUUAUCAGCUAAGGAUCUCAGAUCCCAGGUGGUUAGAGAAGCAUGCAUUACUGUAGCUCAUCUUUCAACAGUUUUGGGAAACAAGUUUGACCAUGGGGCUGAAGCCAUUGUGCCUACUCUUUUUAAUCUGGUCCCUAACAGCGCCAAAGUUAUGGCAACUUCUGGCUGUGCUGCAAUCAGAUUUGUCAUUCGUCAUACCCAUGUGCCCAGACUAAUACCUUUAAUAACAAGCAACUGUACUUCAAAAUCAGUUGCUGUCAGGAGACGCUCCUUUGAAUUUUUAGACCUGUUACUGCAGGAGUGGCAGACUCAUUCACUGGAAAGGCAUGCAACUGUCUUGGUUGAAACCAUCAAAAAGGGCAUUCACGAUGCUGAUGCUGAGGCAAGAGUGGAGGCAAGAAAGACUUACCUGGGUCUUAGAAGUCACUUUCCUGGAGAAGCAGAGGCCCUGUACAAUAACCUUGAGCCAUCCUAUCAAAGAAGUCUCCAGACUUACUUGAAGAAUUCUGGCAGUAUAGCAUCUCUCCCUCAGUCAGAUAGGUCAUCUUCAAGUUCACAGGAGAGUCUCAAUCGUCCUUUAUCUUCUAAAUGGUCCACAGCCAGCCCAGCAAGUAUAGCUGGCAGAGUUUCAGGAAGUAGCAGCAAGACUGCUCCAAGUCCAGGAACACUGCAGAGGUCCCGCAGUGACAUUGAUGUUAAUGCUGCUGCAGGUGCAAAGGCACGCCAUGCUGCUGGACAGCCAACAGGAGCUGGGCGCUUGUCUGCUGCUGGUCUACCUCCUGGAUCCUAUGCUUCACUAGAGGAUACUUCUGACAAGAUGGAUGGAACAGCUUCUGAAGAUGGUCGUAUACGAACAAAGCUUUCAACACCGUCUGUUGGAAUUGGAAAUUCAAAGACAGAUUCUAGAGGACGUAGUCGAACGAAAGUGGUCUCUCAAUCUCAGCCUGGUAGUCGAUCUGGAUCUCCUGGAAGAGUUUUGACUACAACUGCACUUUCAACUAUGAACACAGGGGUUCAGAGAAUAUUAGUCAAUCCAGCAACAGCACAAAAACGGAGCAAGAUCCCACGAAGCCAAGGAUGCAGUAGAGAAGCAAGUCCUUCUAGAUUGUCAGUAGCACGAGGCAGCCGCAUUCCUCGACCUAGUGUGAGUCAGGGGUGCAGUCGGGAGGCCAGCCGUGAAAGUAGCAGGGACACAAGCCCUGUCCGCUCUUUUCCACCCCUUGCUUCCAGGCAUCACUCCAGAUCUACUGGUGCCCUCUACACCCCAGAAGUAUAUGGGGCUACAGGUACAGGGUUUGGGAUCAGUCAGUCAAGUAGAUUGUCAUCAUCAGUUAGUGCUAUGAGAGUUCUGAACACAGGUUCUGAUGUAGAAGAAGCAGUAGCAGAUGCAUUGAAAAAGCCUGUACGAAGGAGGUACGAGUCGUAUGGAAUGUACUCUGAUGAUGAUGCCAACAGUGAUGCAUCCAGUGCCUGUUCAGAAAGAUCGUACAGCUCUCGCAAUGGCAGCAUACCUACAUAUAUGCGGCAGACAGAAGAUGUGGCAGAGGUCCUCAAUCGCUGUGCUAGCUCCAACUGGUCAGAAAGAAAAGAAGGUCUUCUAGGUCUACAGAAUUUAUUAAAAAAUCAGAGGACUUUAAGUCGCGUUGAAUUGAAAAGAUUGUGUGAAAUCUUCACAAGGAUGUUUGCUGACCCUCAUAGCAAGAGAGUGUUCAGCAUGUUUUUGGAGACCUUGGUCGACUUCAUCCAGGUCCAUAAAGAAGAUCUACAGGAUUGGCUGUUUGUGUUGUUGACACAGCUGUUGAAGAAAAUGGGUGCUGAUUUGCUUGGGUCUGUGCAAGCAAAAGUUCAAAAGGCACUUGAUGUCACAAGGGAAUCUUUUCCAAAUGAUCUCCAAUUCAGUAUUUUAAUGAGAUUCACUGUUGACCAGACCCAGACGCCCAGCUUGAAGGUUAAAGUUGCAAUUCUUAAAUACAUAGAGACUCUUGCACAGCAGAUGGACCCAGGGGAUUUCGUAAAUUCAAGUGAAACUAGGCUGGCGGUAUCUCGGAUCAUCACCUGGACAACAGAACCGAAAAGUUCAGAUGUUAGGAAGGCUGCACAGUCAGUGCUGAUUGCCCUAUUUGAACUAAAUACCCCAGAGUUCACAAUGUUACUGGGUGCUUUACCAAAAACAUUUCAGGAUGGAGCAACAAAGCUUCUCCACAACCAUCUCCGGAAUACGGGCAAUGGUGGUCAGGGGUCAAUGGGAAGUCCUUUAACAAGACCUACGCCACGUUCACCAGCCAGUUGGUCCAGUCCUCUCACUUCCCCAACUAAUACAUCACAGAAUACUUUGUCACCAAGUGCAUUCGAUUAUGACACGGAAAACAUGAAUUCUGAAGAUAUUUAUAGUUCUCUUCGUGGCGUCACUGAAGCAAUUCAGAACUUCAGUUUCCGUAGUCAGGAAGAUAUGAAUGAGCCUGUGAAACGGGAUUCCAAAAAGGACGAUGGUGAUUCAAUUUGCAGUGGCUCUGGAAUAGCGGAUCUGAGAGCAGGAGGUGGAGCAAUUGAUACAGGCCGAACAGCUCUUGAUAACAAAACAUCAUUACUUAACACAAUGCCUCCCCACUCUUCUCCACGUUCACGAGAUUAUAACCCGUACAAUUACUCGGAUAGUAUCAGUUCUUUUAACAAAUCUGCUUUGAAAGAAGCUAUGUUUGAUGAUGAUGCAGAGCAAUUUCCUGAAGAGCCCCCUAUGGACCAUUCUGAUCUGGUUGCAGAGUUACUGAAGGAAUUGUCAAACCAUAAUGAGAGAGUUGAAGAAAGAAAGGCUGCUUUGUAUGAGCUUAUGAAAUUGACUCAAGAAGAGUCCUUUGGUGUUUGGGAUGAGCACUUCAAAACGAUACUACUUCUGUUACUUGAAACUCUUGGGGACAAAGAGCAUGCAAUCAGAGCUUUGGCAUUGAAAGUUUUAAGAGAAAUUCUAAGGAACCAACCAGCAAGAUUUAAAAAUUAUGCGGAGCUUACAAUUAUGAAGACACUAGAAGCUCAUAAGGAUCCUCAUAAGGAGGUGGUGAGAUCUGCUGAAGAAGCUGCUUCAAUGCUGGCCACUUCCAUUAGCCCAGAUCAGUGCAUCAAAGUACUUUGUCCCAUUAUCCAAACUGCAGAUUACCCCAUUAAUCUGGCUGCAAUCAAAAUGCAGACAAAAGUGAUAGAGAGAGUAUCUAAAGAAACGCUUGCUCAGCUUUUACCAGAGAUUGUGCCAGGUCUAAUACAGGGUUAUGAUAAUUCGGAGAGCAGUGUUCGUAAGGCUUGUGUUUUCUGCCUUGUAGCCAUUCAUGCAGUAAUUGGCGAUGAACUAAAACCACAUCUCAGUCAACUCACAGGCAGCAAAAUGAAAUUAUUGAACCUUUACAUCAAACGUGCACAAACAGGCUCUGGAGCAGGUGACACAGCAGCAGUUGUAUCUGGACAAAGCUAAUGAAACUGACGACAGUGAACCAGGUCUUCUAAAGAAAGGACAGGCACUCUGAUAUCAGUGAAAGGAAAAUUCUCUCACACACCUUUGGAACUUUUUUUUUUUUUUUCCCCUCUCCAGUUUGUCUUUUGUUUUCUUUUUUUGUUAUUUUUUUAAACUGAUGGCUAACCCUCAGCCUGCAUGUGACUGUUGCAGUAGAAUUAUUCCAAAUCCAAGGAGAAAACAGUAUUAAUAUCAGCUGGUCAAAACACAAUAAAUUUUAAAAAUCUAAUCCAUCACUUUUCCUGUUCGCACUCCUCUGUGUGUCUUCCCAUUAACUUUUACCAGUGUUAUGACUGUAUUUAAAAAGAAUUUUUAAAAAUGCUAAUUAAACAGGAAUGCUUUAAGCUUUAAAAGUUAAAAUCUAAAUUCUUUUGCUUUUUUAUUUUUGGCUGCAGAAUAACAUGCCAUUUUUAUUGCAGUUUUGUUUAAAUAUCAUAUCCUUUGCUAGAAAGAAGAAAUUAUAUGAAACAAGGCAGGACUAGUCUGAACUGCAACUAGACUCAGUCACUGUGUUGAUGGUACAUCAUCUUAUUUGUAUCUUGUUUGGGAUAUUCUGGAGUAUGAGAAUUAUGCCCAUAAAAAAACUGGAUUGAUCCAGUUCUUUGAAAGUGAUAUUGUUCAUUGGUUGUAUGUUUGUCCCAUAAAUAAGAAUUUAGUGUGAGCCGUAGAGGACUAGUACAGCUAGCACAUCAUAAUGUGGAAGACAGCCUGUUCAGGGUCCAGUGUUGCAAAAUUGGUGAUAGUGUGACAACCUGCUUUCUAGCAGCAGAGAAAACACUUACUUGAUGGACCUGAACCAUCCUUGUCACCAUCCUUUCUUCAAGCAGGAUGCCUCAGAGUGGAGUGCUCUGCCCAAGCAUGCUCAGUAUGUAUUUAUCUUUAUCACUAGAAUGUUUCCUCUCAACCUAGUUGCUGGAACCAGUAGUGUUGUAUUGUAACUCACAUGGGGGAUAUAUGACAACAGUGCAGUUCAUUGCUUGUCUUUUUAAAAGCACUACAACAUUCUGCACUGAAUUUUUAGGGUGGGGGGAGAAUCACAAGCACUAUGAAUCUUGCCACUUUUUCCAAAAAAAAAAAAAAAAAAAAGUUAUGGAUGAAUUGGGAAAGCUGCACCAAAUUAUUUGCAUGGUUUUCUUGAAUAGCAUCAUCAAGACCCAUCUGGAUUAAGGUGUGAAAAUGUUUUCAGGUUGUUUUAUUUUUUAAAUUUUAGUUUAUUGUUAAUAAUGCUUCUUUGUAUUUAUGAUAAUGGAAAGAGAGAACAAAAAUCAAGUAAAUAUAUGUCCCUGAAUGUCUUUCUGUUUCUCAGAUGUAAUCAACAAGCUACUUAGCUGAGAGAUGGGGUAAAACAGCACCCUAUCCAGGAAUGAUGGAACCUGGGUUUUUUUUACUAUGGUAUGGUCUAGUUUUAGGACAUGUGUCCUGGUAAGAGAGAAAAUAGCAGUGCCAAGGAUGUUCUUCUAUGCUACGCUAAAAUUCUCUCUACCUCUUCAGGGUGAUUACUUUUGACUGAGCUGCUGCCCAUAGUGUCUUGUGGAAAAACUGUCUAUAGAAAUCUUUUUUUUUAAUUAUUUUUUCAAAUCACCAUUUGCUACUGUGUAUUCGAAGCCCUGUUCUUUAUCAUGUAG